AUGUCGAAGGGUAAACUGCUUAAGAGCCCUCCUUACUUGCCUGUUCCACCGUUCGACUGUCAAACCGUCGCCGAUUUGGCUGGUUCCCGUCACUCGACAUCGAUUCGGCGCCAGCGGUGGCAACCCCAAGCUUGUCCGUGCAACCACUUUCGCUCACCUUCUCGGGCAGAUCGCCUUGCUUCCUCGGCUUCCAAGAAGUUUCUCCCCCGUUGGAGACCUAUCCUCCUCUGCCUGCAACACUAG